AUGGCGGACAAACAACCCGAGCCCAUUGCCAUCGUGGGCAUGGCCUGUCGCUUGCCGGGGAGCGUGUCACACCCGGGUGAGUUCUACCGCAUGUUAUGCCGGCAGAAGACAGGAUGGUCAAAGAUCCCCCCGGGUCGCUUCAAUGCGGAGGCGUAUCACCACCCAAACCCGGACAAGAAGGGCUGCAUCAACUCGGAAGGGGGGUACUUCAUCAAGGACGACAUCUCGAUGUUUGAUGCCGCCUUCUUCGACAUUACCAGAAAGGAGGCCGAGUCGAUGGAUCCGGCCCAGCGACUGUUGUUGGAGUGCGUAUACGAAGCGUUGGAAAACGCCGGAAUCCCAAAGGAAACAGUGUCCGGGGAAAAGAUUGGGGUAUUUGUCGGUGCCAACUACAGCGAGCACCGGGUUGGAAACCUCCGAGAUCUGGACCACAUUCCCAGCUUCGAUGCCACGGGCAACCAAGGAGCCUUCCUCGCCGGCCGGGUGGCUUAUUACUUCAACCUUCACGGCCCAACGCUUACGGUCGACACUGCAUGCUCGUCAAGCAUGCACGCCCUGCAUCUUGCAGUGCAAAGUAUCCGGGCCGGCGAGUCGGAACAAGCCAUUGUCGGAGCUUCACACUUGAUAACCCAUCCGGACAUCUGGGUGUCUAUGGGAAAGCUUCGCCUCUUUUCCAAUUCAGGACGAACGUACGCCUUUGAUAACCGGGCCAAGUCGGGAUAUGCGAGGGGGGAGGGCGCAGGAUGUCUGGUGCUGAAGCCUCUGGCCAGGGCCCAGGCUGAUAACGACCACGUCUUUUCCGUCAUCACUCAUUCGGGCGCCAGCCACAACGGCCGCACGAUCGGCAUUGUCGCCCCGAGCCCGGAGGAGCAAGAGAAGCUGGUCAAGAGAGUUCUCGCCGAAGCGAGCAUCGACCCCUGCGACGUCGGGUUCUUCGAGGCCCACGGAACGGGUACCAAGAAGGGGGACCCCAUCGAAGCGACAGGCAUCUACCAAGCGGUCGGCCGUUAUUUCACUCCCGAGAAUCCGCUAUAUAUCGGUUCCGUCAAGCCCAACAUUGGUCACCUCGAAUGCGCCAGCGGUGUCGUGUCGGUCAUCAAGAGCGUUCUGAUGCUGUACUACGGCUUCAUCCUUCCCAACGCGGAUUUCAAGUGGACGAACAAAGCAAUCCCCCUCGAUGAAUGGAACAUGCGCGUGGCCACGCAGCAAAAACCGUGGCCGGCCAAGCGGAAGUACGUCUGCGUCAACAACUUUGGCUUCAGUGGCUCAAACUCGAUGUGCGUCUUGCAGGCCGCUCCUCAAAUCAGGGGGCUCGAGGUCGGAGACAACAGUUCCUACAGCCCGCUCAGGCUCUUUGUCCUCUCGGCCAACGACGAAACGGCGCUGCAACACUCCAUCAGAAAACUCGGCAUCUGGAUCGAGCAGCAUGCCGAGCUCUACCAGACCACCAUGCCGCGAAACUUGGCAUACACCCUCUGCCAGCGCAGGUCUCAUCUCCCGUGGAGGGUGGCAGUGGUGGCAAACAUGUGUAGCAGCGUCGCCAGCGCGCUUAACAGCCACGAUACCGUACCCGCGCGCGCCCCGAGCGAGCCACCCCGGCUAGCCUUUGUGUACACCGGCCAAGGAGCCCAGUGGUUCGCCAUGGGCCGCGAGCUGCUCGGCACACAUCCCGUGUUCUUUGAUGCCGUCAGUCGUGCCGAUGCCGUCUUGCGCGCUCUAGGGGCCGACUUCUCGGUUCUCGAGGAGCUUCACCGCGACAAGACGUCGUCCAGGGUUGGCCUGGCACGUAUCAGUCAGCCGAUCUGCACUGCCGUCCAGUUAGCAUUGACUGAAUUGUUUGCCGCCUUCGGAGUCAGGCCCGCUGCCGUUACCGGCCACUCAAGCGGCGAGAUAGCAGCAGCGUAUGCGGCAGGUGCCCUGACGUUCGAGUCCGCCAUGGCUGCCGCGUACCACAGAGGGCACAUCAUUGUGGAACUGAAGGAGAGGUAUCCCAAUCUCAGGGGCUCUAUGAUGGCAGUCGGCGCUGGCGCGGAUGAACUAAGUCCCAUGCUUCAAGAACUGAAUGAAGGAGGCGGGCCCCAAGUGGUUGUGGCGUGCGAGAACUCGCCGUCCUCGACCACCUUGUCUGGCGACGAGGAAGCUAUCGACCGUGUGGGAAAGCUGUUUCAGGACAAGGGCGUCUUCAACCGGAAACUGUUUGUCGACGUAGCCUACCACUCCCCACACAUGCAGCUGAUCGCCGAGUCUUACCUCGCCCAAGUCAGCCACAUCGAAGCCCCGGUAGGCGGGACGUCCUCCGGCGUCGAGUUCUUCUCCUCCCUCCAUGGCCGCAAGAUUAGCCUUGGUGAACUGGGACCCCAGUACUGGGUCGACAACCUCACCCGGACAGUCCGAUUUUCCACAGCCAUACAGAAGCUGUGCACCGAGUAUCGCCCAGACAUACUUCUGGAGAUCGGACCUCACGCGGCCCUCAAGGGACCCAUUAUGCAGGCAUUGAAGAGGCUGGGUUCUGCAGCGCUCAAGAUAUCGUACCUGCCUUCUUUGAUUCGCGGCGAGGACGCCGCGCGCACUUGUCUCGAGACGGCCGGGCAACUUUUUGUCCGCGGGCAUCCCCUAAACUUCUUCGAGAUCAACCACAACCGCGAGGAGAACGAGAAGCCGGAGGUGGUGCCCGUGCUGUACACGUACCCCUGGUCACGGCAGAGGUAUUGGUACGAGUCCCGGCUGUCUCGGCAGCACCGUCUCAAGCCUUUUCCACGGAACGAUUUGCUUGGCGCUCUUGCGGACUGGUCGAGCGCUCUGGACCCGACAUGGCGCAACGUCAUCCGUACCGAGGACUUGCCCUGGCUGAAGGAGUAUCAAGUCCAGUCGCGUAUGGUUUUUCCGGUGUCCGGCUUCAUUUCUAUGGUUGUUGAAGCAGCGGCCCAAACCGCAUGCCUGAACGAGACAGACGCUGCCAUGUUCGAGAUCAAGAGCCUUAGAAUAUCCGAACAUCUCUACCUGGCUGACGGCCAAGAGUUUGAACUUCUUCUGAACUUCCGCCCCCUCGAUACAGGCGACAGAACGGGUCACGCGUUUCGAAUCUCUUCGUACGAAGCUAAUCGAAACUGGUUGGAGCACUGCACGGGCAUCGUGACUGUGAAGCUCAACUCAUCGUCUGCCCCAGCGUCAGUCGGCGCUGAAAAUGGGAGAGCACUGAGCCGAGCAGGCACCAAAAGUUUCUCAACCUUCCAGAACGGUUCUACUGACUCUGGAUCUGCCCAGCCUAGAGCCUCGGACAAAGGUUCGGAUAUCGGAAAUGGAUUGUUGAAACCAUCGCAGAAAAACAGCUCCCAGAUGGAUAUGUACAAACGCCUUGAGUCACGGAGUCUGUCGUUUCCGGCGUCGUUUAAGUCUUUGGUCGGUACUAUCAUGAGAAAGUCCCGGGUGAGGGCGCAUUGUGUUGUCCGAAACACGCGAUCCCACAUGCCGCUGGAACAUGAGACUCCAUACACGAUUCAUCCGGCAGUCCUGGAUGCCAUGCUGCAGAUACCGCUGCUCUACCCAGACGCAAAGAGCGAGGUGAAGACGAGCGAUGCAGCUUGUCUCCCCUCUUCCAUCCGGCACAUGAUCAUACGCUCUCAUUGGACCCAUAAGUCGGGGGACAGUUUUGAAGUCAGCGCCGCUCCGGAGCCAAAGACGGCAUCGUUCAUGGUGGAACUCUUUUCUGCCGCCGGCGCUGCCGCUGCUGUAUCCAUGUCUGGACUGAAAUUCAAGCCGUUGGAAUGCAAGCCUCAGGAGCCGCCCUCACCACGCCAGCUGUGCUACAAAACGACAUGGGAGCCACUGAAUAAGACGACCGAAAUUGAUGAAGUAGCGAGACGGCACAUCGCAGGAGCUGAUAAAGCCAUUGUCAUCGUCACUGAGCGAGGACGCGACACCGAAGACCCUCUCGUGACCCUGUUGAUCCGCAAGCUGAAGGAAUGUACAACCGUCCCGGUGGUGGCAUGCUCCCUUGGUGCGAUCGACGACUGGAACAAUUAUUUCAUUGUCUUAUGCGAACUGAGGACGCCAAUACUAUAUCCCAUCGACCAAGCCCGGUUCGAUCAGGUCAUAGCACUACUCACGGAGGCACCAGGGCUGAUGUGGGUGACCAGAGGGGCCACACGCUUUCCAACAUCCCCGAGUGCCAGUCUCGCCCUGGGGUUGACCCGCACGGCCAGAUCGGAAAGGAACGCGGUUGCUUCUACUCUUGACCUGACUGCAUUCUCCAGGCUCCACAUCACGCGGCAGGCGGAGCUGAUUCGAAAUGCAUUCGGGGUGUCGGUAUUGUCAGGGGGUGAGGCGGCAGAGAUGGAAUUUGCUGAGGAGGCUGGGGAGCUGAUCGUCCCGCGGAUCGUCCCGGACGCGGAGCUCAACCUCGAUGUCCAUCGGUCACUGGGCCAAUCGGCUCCGUAUCACCAGGCUAUCCACCAGCCGGAACGCCAGUUUCGCCUUUCCCGCCAGAUAGAUGCGUCUUCUGGCGACGAGCUCUACUUUGAAGACGCAGCGGAUGUACCAUUAGAGGAUAACGAGGUCGAGCUGCUCGUCGAGGCCAGCGCGUUAACUCAGGACGACAUCACAUCCGGCACGGUGGGCGACGAGCCGAGUACGACGAUCCCUCGCAGCUGUGCGGGCACCAUUACGCGCGUUGGUCGGGCAGUCGGCAACAUCCGAGUCGGGGACAGGGUUUGCGCCCUGGCCGAGGGCCCGUUCGGGACGCACGCCCGGGCAAGACGGACGAGCGUGGCCAUCAUCCCCGACACGAUCCGCAGCAAAACUGCGGCCUGCAUCCCAGGACCUCUACUUGCCGCCUACUACGCUCUCGUUAACACAGCGAAUGUCAGACAAGGCGAGCGCGUCCUCGUUCAGCUGUCGGGACCUGCGGGGCUCGCGGCCGUGGCGGUGGCUCGGCACCUUAGAGCAAGCCUGUAUGCCUUGAUCCUGGACGAGCAGCAGGGGGCAUUGGCGCGGAAGAUCGGAUUGCCGCCAGAGCGAAUCCUGGACGCAAGAAGCAUCUAUUUUCGCCAGGAGCUCGAGGAAGCCACCCAGGGCCGGGGCAUGGAGGUGGUGCUCGCAUUGUCAGGGCAGGGGACGGCCAGCGCGUGGGAAUGCCUGGCCAACUUUGGUCGAUUCGUGGAAAUCAGGACCCCAGGUGCCCACGAAAGAACCAGGCCUGAACUCGGAAUCAACGCAACCUUCUCGUCCGUCAACAUGAUUAACAUAGCGGCAGAACGGCCGGAGGCCAUGAGCAUCCUAGGUGUGGUCGUUCAUAAGGUUGCCACCGGCGCCAUCACCCCGCCCACAACAAUAACCAAGGCCCCCAUCUCGCAGCUCCACAGGGGCAUCCGGAUGGUGCGCGAUGGCGCCGUCGAGUCGGUGGUAGCACUGAUUGGCGACGGAACGGAGCAAGUCAGGGCUCUGCAUAGAGUAUCGAGGUCCAUCUUUCGAAGCAACGGGACACACCUCAUCAUCGGUGGGACAGGUGGCCUUGGUCGGUCAAUGGCGAGAUACAUGGUGGAGCACGGAGCGCGUAACAUAGUGCUUGUUUCGAGGAGCGGCGGCGGUGGAGAUGCAGUUGAUGAACUGCAACGGAAGAUGCAGCGCAGUGGCGCGCGUCUCGUGGUAAUGAAGUGCGAUGUCACCGACGAGGGUCAAGUCCGGCAACUCAUCGAGGCUUGCCAAAGAUCUCUGCCUCCGAUCUGUGGUGUCAUCCACGCGGCCAUGGUGCUCCGGGACGUUCUGCUGGAGAACAUGUCGCAUGCGGAAUAUCAGCAGGUCAUUCAGCCAAAGGUGCUCGGGGCAACCAACAUCCACACAGCUCUGACGGCGACCAGGGUCAAGCUAGACUAUUUUGUGAUUCUCUCUUCGGCAGCGGGCAUUCUCGGCAGCCGCGGACAAGGCGCAUAUGCCGCUGCCAACACCUUCCUCGACUCGUUCGCACAGUAUCUGGUGGAGAGGGGCGUUCCCGGGACGGCGCUCGACCUGACGGCAGUUACCGGCGCCGGGUACUUGGCCAAGAACGCGGAACGCCAGGAAGAAAUCAUCCGCAAUUUUGGCAACGAGUCAGUGAGCGAGGACGAGGUGCUCGCUCUUCUGUCGGCUGCGGUCCGUGGCAUGUGUGGACCCCAAUGCCUUACCGGGCUCAAACUGCACCUCGGCCGCGAUGGCCAGUGGCCGUACUAUGCCAACGACGCUCGCUUCGCCCACCUCAAGGCCGAGAGCUUGGCGGCUGCCGAGAGAGAAGGCCUCGUCCCAAGGCAGGCCGUGUCUCCGGGGGCGGCCUUCCGGGCUGCCAAUUCAGACAAGGAGGCAACGCACAUCGCGGCGCAAGGAGUCGCCGAGAAGCUAUCGGAAGUGCUGACUAUCGCGGUGGAGGACCUGGAUGUAGCCAGGAACAUCACGUCGUACGGACUCGACUCGCUGACCGCCAUCGAGCUGCGGAAUUGGAUCGCCAAGGAGUUCCGGACCAACCUGCAGAUCCUUGAGUUGUUGUCGAGCGGAACGAUUAAUGACCUUGCGGGACUGAUCGUGCAGAAGGCAAGAACGGCUUGCGCUGAUGAGAAACCAUGCAAGAGCCCUGUGUAA